CAGGGUGUAUGUGCUUGUGUGGGCGCACGGCGAGGCGUUGUGGAUGAGCUGGCCAUCGCUGAGACGGCUGCAGGGGCUGUGCGCGUCUCUGGACGGAGAAGGUGACGGAGGAGAGCUGGUGCCCUAUGCCAGUCUGGCUGCCCAAUGCGGGAACUGGUAUGAGCAUGGGGGGUUAGGUCCAGACCUCGGCCCCCCUCCCUCUGUGGACGAGGCUGCCAACACGUUGAUGACUCGGCUGGGCUUCCUGCUUGGAGACAAAGUGAACGAGGGGCCUCAGGGGCCACAGUACAGCAUGGAGGAGUCCGACGAUACGCAGGGUGUGGGUGUGAGUGGUAGGAUGAGUCCGUGCUCCACGCUGACCAGCAGCACAGCGUCUCCUCCGGGCUGCAGCCCCUGUUCCACGCUGCCCCCCGCGGCUCCUGGACAGCCCCUCACCAGCCCCACCUCCACACUGGAGAGCAGAGACAGCGGCAUCAUCGCCACUCUGACCAGUUACUCGGAGCCUGCGGACCGUAAACAUGGCGAGGGCUCGCGGGCCAGCAGUCUGAAGCUGUGGCACUCUCACCGCGCCACGCUGGACUCCAGCCUGUAUCGCGUGGACGAGAACAUGGCCGCCUCCACGCACAGCCUCAACAAGAUCCCUGAGCCUGGCUCCACCCACCACUCUUCUCACCCCACCCCCCUCUACCUCAUGCCCCGCCCUAACUCUGUGGCAGCCACCAGUUCAGCUCACCUGGAAGACCUGGCCUACCUGGAUGAGCAGAGACAUGCCCCCCUGCGCACCUCCCUGCGCAUGCCCCGCCAGAACAGCAUGGCCUCUGGACGCUCCGGUCAGGACCUCCGAGUGCGGUUCGCUCCGUACAGACUGCAGGACAUUGCUCUGAAGCCGCUGCUCUUCGAAGUGCCCAGUAUAACGAUGGACUCGGUCUUCACGGGUCGAGACUGGCUCUUUCAGGAGAUUGACGCACAGCUGGGCAGCACCAACCCCACCACCAACCGUGGGGUGGUCCUGGUGGGCAACAUCGGCUUCGGCAAGACGGCCAUCGUCUCUCGUCUGGUGGCCCUCAGCUGCCACGGCAACCGCAUGAGACAGAUCGCCUCCGACAGUCCACAGGCAUCACCCAAACAUGGAGAUGGUCUCCCUCUUACCCAGCCUCAGCCCUCCCAUGGAACUCUGGGAGGUGGCAGCUGCCCCGGGACGCCAGAGAUGAGGAGGAGACAGGAGGAGGCCAUGAGGAGGCUCGCGUCUCAGGUGGUGGCGUAUCACUACUGCCAGGCAGACAACGCCUACACCUGCCUGGUGCCGGAGUUUGUGCACAACGUAGCGGCGCUGCUGUGUCGUUCGCCGCAGCUCAGCGCCUACAGAGAGCUGCUGCUGAGGGAGCCGCACGUCCAGAGCACGCUCAGCCUACGCUCCUGUGUCCAGGACCCGCUGACCGCCUUCAGAAGAGGAGUCCUCGAGCCACUGGACACACUUUACAAAGAGAGGAAGAUCACUGUGGAUGAAGACUUCAUCAUCCUCAUAGACGGACUGAAUGAAGCAGAAUUCCACAAGCCUGAUUACGGCGACACCAUCGUCUCCUUCCUCUGUAAGACCAUCAGCGGCUUUCCAGCCUGGCUCAAACUCGUGGUGACUGUCAGAACCUCACUGCAGGACAUCACCAAGCCGCUCCCGUUCCACCGCAUCUCUCUGGACGCCCUGGAGGAGAACGACGCCAUCGACCAGGACCUGCAGGGCUACAUCCUGCACCGCAUCCACAGCAGCGCCGAGAUCCAGAACAACAUCUCGCUCAACGGCAAGAUGGACAACACCAGCUUCGGCAAGCUGAGCACCCACCUGAAGGCCCUGAGCCAGGGCUCCUACCUCUACCUGAAGCUGACCUUCGAUCUGAUUGAGCGCGGAUACCUGGUGCUGAAGAGCUCCAGCUACAAGGUGGUCCCCGUCAGCCUGGCCGAGGUUUACCUGCUGCAGUGCAACAUGCGCUUCCCCACGCAGUCGUCCUUCGAGAGGGCCCUGCCGCUGCUCAACGUGGCCCUGGCCUCGCUGCACCCGCUCACCGACGAGCAGAUCUACCAGGCCAUCAACGCCGGCUCCCUGCAGGGCACGCUGGAGUGGGAGGACUUCCAGCAGAGGAUGGAGAACCUGGCCGUCUUCCUGGUGAAGAGGCGGGACGGCACGCGCAUGUUCGUACACCCCUCCUUCAGGGAGUGGCUGAUCUGGAGGGAGGAAGGGGAGAAGACCAAGUUCCUGUGUGAUCCCAGGAACGGCCACACUCUGCUGGCCUUCUGGUUCUCCAGACAGCAGAACAAACUCAACAGACAGCAGACUAUAGAACUAGGACACCAUAUUCUAAAAGCACAUAUAUUUAAGGGCCUCAGUAAGAAGGUGGGGGUCUCCUCAUCCAUCCUGCAGGGGCUGUGGGUGUCUUACAGCACUGAGAGUUUGUCCACUGCUUUGUCGUCCUUGAGAAACCUCUACACCCCUAACAUUAAGGUGUCUCGGCUGCUGAUGAUGGGAGGGGCGAAUGUGAACUAUCGUACGGAGGUGUUGAACAACGCUCCAGUGCUCUGCGUGCAUGCCCACCUGGGAUACAUGGACAUGGUGAACCUGCUGCUGGAGUUCGGGGCCAGCGUGGACUCGCCGUCCGAGAGCGGAAUGACCCCACUGAGCUACGCCGCCGCAGCCGGACACCUGAGUAUAGUGACCACUUUCUGCAAGAAGAGGGCCAAGCUUGACCACCUGGACAGGAACGGUCAGUGUGCUCUGGUGCACGCGGCUCUGCGGGGCCACAUGGAGGUGGUGAAGUUCCUGCUGCAGAGUGACUGGGGGAUGGGGGCGAAGCAGCAGCAGCUGCAGAGCCCUUCGCCAACGCAGUCACAGCCACAGUCGCAGCCCUCCAGCCCUGAACAGGCCCAGGAGGAUGUGGAGCAGGUGGAGACCCCGGAGGAGGAAGAGGAGAGAGAGGCAGAGGUGACCUCAGAGCAGCCUGAGGCCGAGGACGAGUCCCAGCAGAAGAUCCAGCAGCCUGAGCCUCCACAGCAGCCUCAAACCCAACCUCAGACUCAGACUCAAAGUCAGACCUCGCAGGCAGCCUUCAGUAAGAGCCACGCAGUGCAGCAGGCGCUGGUAGCAGCAGCCAGUAUGGGCUUCAUUGAGAUUGUGUCCUACCUGCUGGACCUGCCUGAGAAGGAUGAAGAGGAGACUGAGCGCGCUCAGAUCAAUAACUAUGACUCUCUGUGGGGGGAGACAGCACUGACCGCAGCGGCAGGCCGGGGGAAGCUGGACGUUUGCCGGCUGCUGCUGGAGCAGGGCUCUGCUGUGGCUCAACCGAACCGCCGGGGGCUGGUUCCUCUCUUCAGCGCUGUACGCCAAGGACACUGGCAGAUCGUGGAUUUGCUGCUGAAUCACGGGGCAGACGUAAACAUGGCGGAUAAGCAGGGCCGGACUCCUCUCAUGAUGGCCGCUUCAGAGGGUCAUGUAGAGACAGUGGAGUACCUGCUGGCUCAAGGUGCAUCGAUGCCCCUGAUGGAUAAGGAGGGGCUCACUGCUCUAAGCUGGGCGUGUCUAAAGGGACAUUUACCUGUGGUUCGCUGUCUGGUGGAGAGGGGUGCGGCCACAGACCAUGCUGACAAGAACGGGCGUACACCCCUCGAUCUGGCAGCCUUUUAUGGAGAUGCAGAUGUGGUGCAGUUCCUGGUGGAUCAGGGAGCGCUGAUCGAGCACGUGGAUUACAGCGGGAUGCGGCCCCUGGACCGGGCUGUGGGCUGCAGGAACACGUCGGUGGUGGUGGCCCUCCUCAAGAAGGGAGCUAAGAUCGGAUGUCAGACGUUGCCGAGUCGGCACAGAGGAGGUCCAGCAACGUGGGCGAUGGCAACCUCCAAACCGGACAUCAUGAUCAUCCUGCUGAGAAAGCUCAUCGAGGAGGGAGACGGUUUCUACAAGAAGGGGAAAGUGAAGGAGGCUGCCCAGCGUUAUCAGUACGCUUUGAAGAAGUUCCCUCGCGAGGGCUUCAGUGAAGACCUGAAGACCUUUCGAGAGCUCAAAGUGUCUCUGUUCCUCAACUUGUCUCGCUGCCGCAGGAAAAUGAACGACUUCGGGAUGGCGGAAGAGUUUGCUACCAAAGCUCUAGAGCUGAAACCCAAAUCUUAUGAGGCUUACUACGCCAGAGCCCGCGCCAAACGCAGCAGCAGGCAGUUCUCCGAAGCUCUAGAGGACCUCAGGGAAGCCAUGAAGUUGUGUCCCAACAACCGUGAGAUUGUGCGGCUCCUGCAGCGCGUGGAGGAAGAGUGCAGACAAGUGACCCAGACAGAGGAGCCUGAGAUGGAGCCCCCACCAUCUCCACCCCCAUCCCCAUUACCUGUGGAGGAGGAGGAGGAGCCGCCUCGUCAUACCCCGCCCCCCGAACCACGACUGGAUGACAUGGAACCCGUUCAGGAUCUCUUCGAAGACGAUGACUUCCUGGAACAGGAGCUGGAGGGCGUGUCUAUUGGCCUUCCUCCUGAACCACGCUCCAACCCAUCUAGCCUGCCAAUCAUCCACAGCCCACCCCUCUCCCCCGUCCCUCACGAGGCUGCCUACCUAACAGGAGGCCAGGCCUUUGAGUUCCACCCAAGCCCCACCUCCAUGUCAUCCCCCACUCACCAGAGCUACCAGUCCACCUCACCAUGCGUCUCUCCCACACACCAGAACUCCCAUUAUCGCCACAGCCCUCCACAUACCUCUCCUGCCCACCAGGCCUCCUACCGCUUCAGCCCUCCCCCCAUGGGCAGUGGGGGUCAGGGGAUGGACUACCAGAGCCCCCCACCUUCCCCUCUUCGCCGUGGGGCACCGUACAGAGCCAGCCCACCCAUGGAGACUGUGUGUCUCUACCGUUCCCAAUCGGGAUCUCCUGUCCGCUACCAGCAGGAGCCUUUGCCCAGCCGACCCAAGUCACCCCUGUCCAAGAUGAGCAGCCAGCGCUCCUUCCAGCUCCAGUCCCAACCGUCCCAGUGCUCACAGUCCUCCCAGCACCACCAGGCCCAAGGCCACCGGCUGCAGCCCUCUGUGGCUCAGAUUGUGCGCACCAGCCAGCCCGGGAGUGGUGUCUAUGGCCAGCUGGCCCACCCGCUCAGCAGCAGAUACCAGGGCACAUCCAUGGAUGUGGAACGGGAGAGGGAGCGAGAGGCCCGGCUGGUGUACCAACCCUCCCUGGAUGGAAGGUCCAUGUCUCAGGUGCAGUCCAGCCUGAGCGUGGGGGCCCUGUGCCAGCACGGGGGGCGAGGCGGGCCUGGUGGAGUCCUUGAGUCUGGUGUGGGGAAAGACGACGUCCCUCAACGGCCGGCUUCAGCCUACCGCUCUGCGACCGGAGGUCCGGGAGGCAUGCGAUUCAGCCAGACACCCCAGAUCAGCCGUAGCCAGUCGGCUGCAUACUACCCCGUCUCCAAGCAUGAGCUGGAGAGGGCUGUGGCGGCGUCCUCCAUGCCCCCCUGCCAGCUGGGCUCACCUGAGAUCCCGCACCUGGUGCGUCGGCCCAUCAGUGCGAACACAGGAGACCUUAAGCAGCAUGUGCCCACCCCUAGACCCCUCAUCCACUCUCAGAGCGUGGGCCUGCGCUUCUCCCCUUCCAGCAGCAACAUCUCCUCAGGCUCCAGUGCUAACCUAGGCCCCGGCUUCAGGCCUUCCUCCUCCAUGGCCCAGAUGGAGAUCCCACUGCAGGUGGCAUACGAGCGCAGCUUUGACGAGCCGUCCUCGCUCUCGCCAUCACAGGGCGGCCUGUACCCCAGCGAGCCGGCCCGCUCCAGGACAACACCCUUCAUGGGCAUCAUUGACAAGACGGCACGGACUCAGCAGCAGUACCUGCAUCAGCCGUCACGUGCCUGGCCCUUGGACAACGUCAUCACCAGCCCCACGACACCGGGGAACCUGAUUCACCAGGCGUCCACUGCUUCCUCCUACAGCCCGCCCACUUCGCUAGGCAACAUCGCCUACUACAACAAGACCAACAAUGCCCAGAACGGGCACAUGCUGGAGGACGAGUACUACGUCCAGCCGCAGCCCUCAUCCCUGGGCAAGCUGGCCAAUGGCGGGGCCCGCGAUCGGGAUCUCCUGGAACGAGUUAGUCAGGUGCCCACAUACCAGGAUGUGAAGGUGGCACGGACGAUGCCCGUUGCGCAGGCCUACCAGGAGAACAUGUAUCGCCAGCUCUCACGUGACGCCAGGCAAGGCCCCACCUCGCCCAUCAAACCAAAGAGACCCUUUGUGGAGUCAAACGUGUAAAGAGGCCAGUGAGGCGUGAAGAGUGUAUGAUGAAAGAAUGAGUGUGUGAGUGAGACGGUGGGUCAAGGCAAUUAAAAACAAGUCAGUAUUCGAAACUAUAACAAACAAGGGAGGGUAAUGACACAUUGCAGCUUCAUAAGAGAUACUGCUGAUGCCCCAAUCUGUGCCUAUUUCAGAUGCAUUUGAGGCAUCAGCCUGUUCUAGUAUCGAGGUUUAGAGCUUUAGAGCUCGAGUCAAAGACCUAAAGACAAUGGGAUCGAAUAUGAUACUAACUACUGAAUGUUCUACACAGCUCUGCACAUUAUUGCAAAAGCACAUUUAUGAACCUUCCCUGAGUCAAAGCCACAAAUGCACAGAUUGAGGAAUAGUUGCAGUUCUUACCCCAUACGAGUGCGAGUGCGUGUCUGAAGUGGAUAAGACUGCGUGAGUCAGGGACUCUUCGUGAAUCUACGUGCUCAACUCCUUCCCUCUCUCCACUAGGCGAUUUCAAAACAGGACUCCAAGGCCUUCCACAGCAUAUAACGUUGGAUCAAUGCUGUCUAAUAAAGAAGAAAACCUCUCAAACUCUGUCAGAAAUAACUAACCACUAAGCUGUAGUCGCAGAAGGAAAACAAAGGAAUAUUUAUAACUGAGUUAGAUGUAUAGAAAUAUCAAAAUAUGAACCGUUUCUGUGUUUU